UGGUGUACUUCAGGUCAUUUUUGUUUAUGUAUCAAGUGUGUUUCUUGCUCUUUUUUUAUAAGUUCUGUUCGUGGCCGGAGAGGCUGCGACAAACUGUAGGAAAUGUUUCGAAAUUCUGUGCGAAAGGUGCUUUGCUGCAGGUUGAGUGAAGUACCAUUAUACGAUUCGGGAUUGUCAAGAUUACAUCUUUGUCUCAGAUAUCAUACGAAGAAUUAUACAACUGGUUCUCUUCCUCCAAAUCGUCCGUCAAGAGUAGGAAGAGUUCUUUUGUAUACAGUAGGGACAAUAACCUUGGGGGUGGGUGGUACAGUUGCAUACGCGAAUUAUGACCCAAAAUUCAGAAAAUGGUUGGGUCAAAAUGUUCCCUAUACCGAUGAGUUUUUGAAAACAGUGCUGCAAGAGGAGGGCAAUUACUGGGAGCAACUUUUGGGGCAGUUUGAUUCGUUUCAGACCUGGGUUAAAAUGCUAAUAUUUGGAGAGGAACCGGAGGGGAAAAGCAUUCAAAAACCGAAAGCGGCGGAGCUACCUAGCAAGCCUAGUGAAGUGUCCCCUCCAAAGAAGACAUCUGAACCCAAAAGUACAUCCAAAUCAGUGUCUGGUCCGGUUAGUGAGAAGGAACACAGAGUUCCCAAAAAGAGACAGACAGAAGUCAAAGUUACAGAUACUGUUCAACGAGAUGUUCAGACAGGUCCUUCCGAGAAACCAAAACCAGCGAUCGUGGAACCUCGUGUGCCUCGUCCCAAGACCUUUGUCGAACUUGAAGAAAAAAUUGUUGUUGCCGCAUCAAAGGCUGUGGAUGCAUACGAUAAAGCUGCCCGUUACCUGGAAGACUACAACAAGGAAGUAAAUAAGAUAGUUGAAUCUUCUGUGGAACAUUUGGACCCUAGUGUAUGGUCUAGUUUGAGGAAAAAAUCAGCAAGUAAAGAUGAGCAGUUGAAGAAAGCUGAAGAAAAGGCCAGUGAAGCAGUUGUGCAGUUGGACAAGCUGAAUGAGUUCUUGAGUGAUCCAACGCUGGAGGCGUCGGAAGCAGUUCGAGAUCAAGUGAAACGAAACGCAGAGAGGGUAAUGCAAGGUGUCAAGAGCGCUGCGGAUAGGCUGGAAGCAGAGCAGACACGCGCCAGCUUGGCCGACAAAUACUGGAGGAAGGUGGCAGAGUCAAGGAGACAUUUUCUGGAAGAGUUGGAAACAUUAUUUCCUAUGAUCAGUAUCCAGGAUAAAAAGUUGAAAAUACCGGACGAUAAGCUGGACCUAUUUGUUCUCUAUGCUUAUCAGAAUGUUUUAUUCUGCCAGAAAGAAUUACAUAAGCUGGAGACUUGGGGAGAGCAGCGAAUACAAUCAGCUGUGAAGGCGACUGGUCAAGAUGUCGAUAAAGUUCUGUUGAAGGAGCUGUUGCAUUUGGAAUUGGAGAAACGUCUGCGGCUUAUCAACUCUGAUUUCCAGAAGAGAAUGUUGGAGCUGAUUGCAGAGAGUGAAAAAGAAAUGAAAAAGCAGUUGAGGCUACAAGCUGAAAUCCACAGCGACCACAUACGCGACAUAUUGAAGGUCAGAGAAGAGGAACUCCAGCGACAGUUCAAACAGAAACUGGAGGAAAGUCUGGCUGAAGAACAGACAAAAUACAAAAAGCAGUUGGCGGAGAUGUUGGGUCGACUGAAAGGCAUUGAUGCGGCGUUGAAAGCGCGAGCGGCGUCGGACAAGGGCGUCCACGAGUCGCAGGUGCUGUGGAACGCUUGCCAGGCGCUGUACAUGUCGCUGAAGGUCGCGAAGCCCAACGUGCCGUGGCAGGAGCAGCUGCGGCCGCUGUCGGCCGAGGUCAGCGCCGUUGCCAGCGCGUGCACUACUGAAGACGAGUUAAUAUCGGCGGUAGUGAAGGGUAUUCCACCGGAGGCAGUGACCCGCGGAGUGUACCCGGAGAAUGCCCUGAGGGAGCGGUUUUUGAAAGUGGAGAAAGAAGCCAGACGGUUAGCGCUGGUUCCAGAAAGCGGAGCGGCUCUACCUGUGUACGUUCUCUCGUACCUCCAGAGCUUUCUGUUGAUACCGGCUGUGAACGCUAUACCGCAAGCAGAGUUGGCAGACGAAACAGUCAGUUUUGAAGAUUUGGAUACUUACGACAUUUUGCUGAGAGCAAGGUACUGGCUAGAUCGAGGUGACUUCAACCGGUCUCUGCGAUACAUGAACUUGUUGCAUGGUGCGGCGCGGAGCAUAGCGAAGGACUGGAUGGACGAGACCAGGAUAUUGUUGGAAACUCAGCAGGCGGCCAAUGUGCUCAUGACGCAUGCGGCGUCGGUUGGCUUGCUUUAUCUGUGAGAGUUGCUGGCGGAGAGACUCGCAGUUUGUGUCAGCUAACGAAUUAGCGACUGGAAAUCAAAUCUUCAAGUGCUGUUAGUAUUAUUUUAAGACAUGUAAAUUUAAUUUUGUGUUAAAAUGUGUUUCAAUGUUUAAUCACAAUGAUUAAAUAACUGGAAACACAGUAUUUGUAUAGUUUGUUCUCUUUCCCAUAUAUUUAAUAUUUUAUUUUUGUACAUUAUUUGGUGGCAUGUUUUAUUUGGUUAUAAGAGAGAAAUAAACUCAGUUGAAAA